GUUGAUUCGUGCGCGGGGAAAUUACGUGCACUGGAAAUAGAAUCAAGGGUUCUCACCCUCAAGAAAUGCAGGUUAUGAACCCGACGGGAGUUCAACACUUCACUGUCAUCACUAGACAAUGAACCCACUUACAAACCGCUCCCAAAUUUUCAACCAAGAAGCGCAUGAUGCCUUUGCUUCGCUCCAACGUACUUUCCAUGAUAAGUUCUUCGAUGAAGUUCGGGAUGUCGACGUACCUACCCCGGGUUAUAUGGCUUUGAACGAUCGGGUAGAGGACGAAGGACCUGAGAGUGGACGGAUGAAAAAGUCAAAGAGCGUACAGAGCUUGUCGUCGCGACCAUCCACAUCGAAUCUCUCCAGAAGGGAAACGGAAAAAGAAAGGACAUUUGUUCCGCUCCGCGGGUCUCAAUCCAAUUUGUCGCGGACAAUGGGGAGUAAAUCUCCCUUUGGUUCCCUGUCGAAUCUCUCUGCAUCGCGCAGCUCCAAAUCUCUACAUGGCUCCCAAUCACUCUCCCGUUCCACAGCCAAAUUGGCGGCAGAUUCACCACCUACCCGCUCCGGGUCGCCCGACUUGGCGACAAUCCUAAACAAUGUCGAGAAAUCGUUGGAAAAGAGUCUAGCGAAAGCUGAGGACAAUCUCUUUCAGAGCACAGACAAUCUGGUCAAGGUGAAAUUAACGGCGCUGACGGGGAGUUCGGGGCAUUUGUAUGACCCGGACGCUUUGGAACGAUCCGGCAGCACAACGAAAUUGAGUCGCCCCGCCUCGCGGCUAGGACUGUCAUCACCUACUCUGCACCACUACGCAUCGCAACCGUCGCUUGCGAAAGUAAAGUCCAAAUCGUCCUUACCAGAGAUUGAUUCGAGAUUCGUAAAACCCCAGUCACAGCAGCCGAUUCUGUCCAGGCGAGAGUCUGCACACGACAUGGAGGCUGGUGAAGGACGCGGUGUUCUUGUUGCCGCUGAGGAGGCGAUUCGGGCUGGAGAAGAGCGUAGGAGGAGAUUGAGAGGAAGUUUUGAGGAGUCGAUCUCCCAACCAUCUCUCUUGGAAUCCCGCCCUCCCCUCUCGCGUACUCAUUCAACAUCCAUAAACGACAUCACCAACCGCCUAGCAGACCCGACAAACUUUCCCUCAGCAUACAAGUCGAAAUAUGAGGCCACAAGAUUACACCAAGAACGUGUAUCCGAAGUAGGACGCGCAUCGGAGGUUGGAGCACCAGGACUGAGUGGAAACGGGAGUGGUGCAGGGCUCUCAAAGAAAGCGGAACAAGUCGUUAAGCGGCUCACAGAUCCACGAAACUACACAGGGACACAAAAAGCGAAGUCAACCUCCUUAGAGUCCCUUGAGCAAACAGGCUACCCGCAAGGAUACACACCUCCAACUCAAGAAACAAAGGAAAAAUUACGAACAAAACCUAAAAUUGAGUUUUUCACAGACUUUGCACCCUCCCAACCACCCAGUCUUCGAUCGUCUCGUACGAAUCUUGCGUCGGAUAAUGAGCCACGGUCGUUACGUAGUUCACGUACGAAUCUUGCCGAUCAUGGACUGAGAUCAUCAAGGACGAGUCUUGUCGAAACGGGCGUGGGAAGUGUGCGGGGAAGUGUGACGAGACGGUUGUGAGAUAGGAGUGGAUUUCUGCGAAGUUUGGAGAAUAAUAGACCUUUUUUUUGAUGCUGUGAACAACCUUGCUCCUUCAAAUUGUAUUUUCCAUUCUGAAAUUUCCACGGUGUUAUUGUCUGCGGGUGCAUUCAGUUAUUUUCUA